CCACUCCCUGGAGCUGCCGUUACCUAACUUUUACACAAACAAGCAGUCCCCAUACGCAUCAACUUCAAACAACGCUGGCAUUUUAUCUGAGCACGUCCCAUUUUACAGGAGCAAACAAAGUACUCUACUCUCUACUAGCGAGAGGCUCUGGAGCAGCUCUGAAAGCUUCUGGUACGUUUUGCAGGCUCUGAAUUGGCAAGAUGCUUCUGCUUCUUUCUCUGGUCACUGGACUUGCCCUUUCUGCCUCUGGCGUCGUGACAGAAACUGAUCCAAAUUCAGAGACUCUUCAUGACAUACAGAGAAAAGUGAAUGACCUCUGGCAGAAUUUGCUCUAUCCAGUAAUGGUUAAUAAUGAGACUGAUGGGACAAUUUAUGCCACCUGUGAAAUGCUGCCCAGCUCCAAAAUACAUGCUGAAAAGCCACAAGUGACUGGACAAGUUUUGUUCAAACAGCAUUACUCACAUGGAAGAUUAGAAGCAAUUUUUGACUUGAAUGGGUUUCCAUUAGAUAACAAUCAGUCUGGCAGAGCUAUACACAUCCACAAGCUUGGAGAUCUCAGUGAUGGCUGUGACUCUACAGGAGGACACUAUAACCCUUUCGGCGUGAAUCACCCUCGUCACCCAGGGGAUUUUGGCAACUUUUUUCCUAAAGAAGGCAAAAUCAAAAAAUACAAAGCAAACCUCUUUGCCACUAUGUCUGGUCCAUAUUCCAUCCUGGGCAGAUCCGUUGUGAUCCAUGAGCAGGAAGAUGACAUGGGCAAAGGCAACAACAAGGCCAGUUUGGAAAAUGGAAAUGCUGGCAAGCGUCUAGCUUGCUGUGUAAUUGGGAUAUGCAACAAGAACUUGUGGGAAGAGAAACUGCCUGAGGUUGCAGACAAGAAGAAGAAGUGGCUCAGCAAGCGAGCACAGAACCAAGCUUAACUGAAGAUCACCAAACCAACUACUGCCUGGGCAGCAUGAAGUACCUUAAGCUAUGCCAUUGGCCACUAAGAUACAUGGCAGAAGGAUUCCCAUUUCCAUUCUGCUGCUUCUUUAAGAAAUGUAUAUCACUUUGUAGAGAAUCUCUUUUCUGUAAGCAGAUCAAUAAAAACAGCAUCAACUUAA